ACAAACGAAUAUGUCUUCGUUCGCGCUACGCUUUGCACCCCGGUUGCUCGCCGGCAACACGACCCCAAGGUUGGUGGCCGCGGCCACGCAGCGGAACACCUAUUUCACCUAUUCCAACCAAAUUUCGCAGCCGCUCGAACGCGAACCCAAGUACACGACGGCGGAAGAAGCGGUCAAAGUCAUCAAGUCAGGUGACAUUGUGUUCGCUCAGGGUGCAGCGGCUACCCCGGUCCUCCUGCUCGAUGCGAUGACCAAACAUGGCAUGGAGAACAACCUGCGCGACAUCACUGUGACGCACAUGCACACCGAAGGACCCGCUUCCUACUGUAAACCCGAGUGCAAAGAUGUGUUCCGUUCGAAGUCUCUGUUCAUGGGUGGCAAUGUACGUGCGGCCGUUGCCGAUGGACGUGGCGAUGCGGUUCCCAUUUUCCUGCACGAAAUUCCUCUCCUGUUCCGGCGCAAGCUUAUUCAACCGGAUGUAGCGAUCGUAUCGGUGUCGCCACCGGACAAUCACGGCUACUGUACACUCGGCACGAGUGUGGACUGUGUGCGGGCGGCGCUCGAAAACUCGAAAGUAAUUAUCGCUCAGGUCAACAAGCAGAUGCCACGCACCUUCGGAGAUGGUAUCAUCCAUCAGUCACAUUUUGACUAUGCGGUCAAUGUGGACACACCACUGCCGGAGCACGGUGGACACGCGAUGUCGGACGUGGAAACGAAGAUCGGUAAACUGAUUGCGGAAAAUUUGGUCGAGGACGGUGCCACGCUGCAGAUGGGCAUCGGCAACAUUCCGGACGCCGUGCUGAAUGCGCUGCACAACCACAAGGAUCUGGGCAUCCAUUCGGAGAUGUUUGCGGGCGGUGUGGUCGAUCUGGUGCGGAAGGGCUGUGUGACAAAUGACAAGAAAACGUUCCAUCGGGGCCGUAUCGUCGGUUCGUUCCUUAUUGGAACGAAGAAGCUGUACGAUUUCGUCGACAACAAUCCAUUCAUCGAAAUGUUGGAAAUCAACUAUGUCAACAAUGUGGGCAUUAUUGCGCGAAACCCCAAGAUGACGGCCAUUAAUUCAGCCAUCGAGGUCGAUCUAACCGGACAGGUGUGUGCCGACUCGAUCGGUACGCGCAUGUACUCCGGCUUUGGUGGCCAGGUCGACUUUAUCCGUGGUGCGGCCGAAGGUUUCGAUGGCAAGGGUAAACCAAUCAUUGCGCUACCAUCCGUCACGAACAAGGGCCAGAGUAAGAUUUCCCCUAUCCUUAAGCCAGGUGCCGGUGUAGUAACUUCCCGCGCUCAUGUCCACUACGUCGUCACGGAGUACGGUAUUGCCAAUCUGUUUGGUCGAAGCUUGCGCCAGCGUGCAUACGCACUCAUCCAAAUCGCACAUCCCGAUCAUCGCGAAGCACUCGAAAAGGCGGCCUUCGAGCGUCUGAAAACGAUGCCAACGCCAAACUAA